AUAACGCAAUUAUGGCUGCCGCAGUAUCAGAACCGCCAGAUGCCAUGACGACGUCUGAAGAGGGAUACCUUGCAAAGGAAAUCGAUAUGCUCUCUGGUGAUUUGAUGGAAGACCUCCGCGAGUAUUUCGAUGAGAUCAACAUCACUGGUCGUUUCGCAACCAUGAGAAAGCUCGAUCAGGUCGUUGAUCCACAAGACGUUCUGGAGGAGUCUCUGAAGUUGACUCGAGUGGUUGAUGCUGAUGGAAACGUGAUCGUCACUGACCUCGAAGUUGAUGAGUGCGAUGUUCUUCAGUCAGAAUCCUAUGACGAUCGUGACCCUGACGAACACGAAUACGAAGGCUGGACUGGAAAUGCUGGAGCAACAUCGACACAUUGGUACAGAGAUUCGGUUCUCCUUUUGGUCCCUAAUGAGCACAUCGCGAGCGUUUUCGUAGGGCAGGAUCGCGACUAUGGCUAUGGUACUAGUGGUGAUACCAAGGUUCUGGCAAUUCUUCGAAAUCUAGUGAAGCGAGCUCGAUGCCGCCCUGGACCCCAAGGAGAAUCUCUCAGAAAAGGGUUGAUGCACAUGGGGUACACCAUAUCGAACAAUCGUAUCAAGACCACACAUUCGGGGACAAGAAGCCAUAAAUACACGGAUGCUACUGUGUCUGAAGCCAUCACGGUUUGUGUAGAGUUUGGCCUGACUGAUGUGGUACGGGGCCUGUCAUCCGCUUUCAAGGACAGUCUUUCUGAAGGUGCUCUCCAAUCCCUAAGCAACUUGAAACAUACAACAGAUGUGAAUGUUCCAGAGGAGCGCUUGGGUCACAGAUGUUUUGGCCGCGAUGUUCUUGAAUCUGGACUCACUUACGCGCGAAGACGGCGAUGUGAUAGCCAGAAUAGCAAUUUCGGACACCAGCGGGUUUCUCUUGAGAGAUCGGUAUGUACAGUCGGACCAUAUAUGCUCUUUGCGGCGAUUGAUAACAAUGCUUCAGAAUCAUACCCAACAUCAAAAGCCAAAUGCAAGGCGCGGACCCAGACAAGCUUCAUGAUGGCAUUCCUUUCCAAGAUGUUCGAGUCUUCAGGAUCGCUCACGGAAAACGUGUUGUCAAUCUCCAAGCCUCUGAUAAGGAUCGUGAUUACCAAUUUCUCACUUCGCAAGUCGCAGCCACCUCAACCUCGUCCUACUUAUACUUACGAGACGUAUGGUGCAUCCUCCGUAAAACAAGCUCCUCGCAAGCCUGCGCUCGACGGUCGAAUAUUGGCAAACGUCCUAGGCCACAUGAGAAACUUACAGCUUCACGAACACGGUCAGUUACUUGUGGCCAGUAUCAUAUCAGAAACAUCUUCCAUGGAUCCGCAAGACUACAAGCACACCAUGUUACCCUGCUUGAAAAGCAUAAUCGUGCGGCUGCUGGAGGGAAAGGAUGAGACUGAUAUGUACAAGGAGCUGUUUCAAACAUGUCUCUCGCGAUACAUCAAUCGAUUUGUUGGUCAGGAGCCCGUUCAGAUCAACUGGUCCAGGAAUCCGGUAAGGUGCAAUUGCCGUGAUUGUAUGGAUCUGAAUGCUUUCCUACGCAGUCCUGUAGAUCGUGUGAAAAGACUCCGCGUUUCGAAACAACGUCGACACCAUCUGCAUACCCAGCUGGAUACAUACACAGAUUGCACUCACAUAACCGAACGCGGAUACAAGGAGACUUUGGUGGUCACCAAACAAGGCAAGAGCUUCGAAGAGAAUCUCAAGACUUGGACAGAUAAAGCCAAGUCGGCAUUAGCAACACUUCGCUCCCUCGAAGAUCAGGAGAGCACAUCGGAUUCUCCAAGCCAACUCAGGAAACUACUCGGGGACAAGUACGCUGAAAUCAUGACGCUGAGGAGAGUGGGAAUCAUGACUGCUACACAACAGGAACCAACGCAGACUGUCGUCGCGUCGUCGAGCGCUUCCAAUGCAGCUACUGCUGGGACGUCAACGACUACUGCAACACAGCCCGGGAUACCUCAAAUCGCCGGGCGGAAACGAAAGGCUGUCGUGAUUGAUCUGACAUAUGAU